AUGACGACUAACAACGUCCCACCAGCCGUUACUGCCGUGCCAGCUGCGCGCAUUGAAGACGUGGAUACCUUUGCUAUCCGCCUAUAUCGAAGAGCACGAAAUGCCGGUGCGGACUUUGUAGACGUUGCUACCGUGGUGCGCAGUGUUCACACUGUUUUGAAACACCUGAAAGUCGAGGCCGAAGAUCCGGGCUCUCUACUCAAUUCGGACCAGAGUCCUGUCUACGUCAGACAGCUAACGCCUAUUGUCGAGGACUGCGAGUUUACCUUGAAACAGCUCGAUACAAUUCUGGAGAAAUAUGGUGCCACUAGUAGCGGGAGCGAGGGUGAGGACCAUCGCAGACCCUCGGACGAGAGGCACCUCGGCGCCAGGGAACGAGACAUGGUCGCUUUGGUUCGCACCAAGCUCGAAAACCAAAAGUUGAAUAUCGACAUGUUCCUCGAUACUGUACAGCUUCAUAACCCUUCAAAGUCCCACCAUAUUGUGGACACCAGCAACGCAAAUCUAGAGCCGAUCAAGGAUCAAGUCGACGCCAUCGCCUCGAGGAUAAUCCAGCGCAGGGACUCAUCCCUUGGUGAGGGCGAGGAUGAGCUCUGGCUCCAAUUUAGAAACGAGCUGGAGAGGGCAGGUUACUCCAAGGAUGUUUUGAGAAAGCACCAGGAUGUCCUUAGGGCAUAUAUACGUCAACUUGAUGAGCAGAGCGUACUCUCCGGCGGGAAGACACCAACCGUGCGUGGAUUUCUCGAGGCAUACACGCCCACCAAUGAUGCUCAACGCAGCACUCCAUAUCCUCUUGACGCUAGAGGUGGAUAUAGCCGCAAGGAGAUGCUACCAAUCGUAGAAAACGAGAAGUUUGCCCCUUCAGUAAAGACGGAGCGAUCGUAUCCGGAUCAUUACCUCCCAUACCCUUCAAGUCUACCAAAGGACACUACCAACUUGUCUUAUGACGCGCAGUCUUCUGAAGACGGUGACUCCAUGGACAACAACAUGGCUCUAGUGAUUUCAACCAGGGAUCUCAUGGCGCUGGACAAACGACAAGCAGAUCUGGCCAUUGCCAUGGACAAUAUGCACUUACAGUUGCCGCCUCCUGGAUAUCCACCCAACUUUGCUCAGGAUCCGGCUCUGUCUGCAUCCCCCCAGAGUCGCUUCCUCGAGGCCCCUCCGAACGGUGGACUACUUACUUCUCCAGGCUUGCCUGCCGUGGAUGAGUAUGGAUUGUCACCAAGAUUCGUCCCGGCAUAUCCGCCGCCACCAUAUGGUAGCUCGCCACCGCCAUUACUGCACUCAAACUCUAUAUCAGCCCCAGCUAUUCCUGGCUCUACGGCUCUUUUACCGGGUGCUCACGGUCAGCCUCAACGCUACGCUCGCCUUGCACCGGAUUCUCAAGGACGCGACAUUCCGCUCGAUGCACAAUGGACCAGAGUCAGGCGUCAGUUGAUAUCCCCCGUAGUACUCAACGAAGCUGGUGUCAGGUAUGAAGCACGGCCCGACUUUGUUGCUAUCCUGGGCGUUUUUACAAAGGAAGAGAUCAGUGAAUUUGCAAGGCGGAGCGCAGAGGUUCGAAAGAGCCGACAUAGAUUCCACCAGCGUGGGACUCACGAUGGCAAGGACCGCUACCACCCCGACAAGUAUAAAAACUGGGAUGUGGAAGCACAAAACAAAGACGCUGAUAGUCACGGCCGGUACCGUGCAAACAGCGAGUUCUCUGCUUCUUCUACAGACCUCUAUGAUACUUCCGAUGAGGAAUCAGAGGAGGAUAUCCCGCGCCAUCGCACGCGAGGUCAGCAAAACAGCUCUGAGGAGAGAGCUGACAAAUACGAUUAUGAGGAGAAGGGAACCAAGGUUUAUCCCUUCAUUGUGCCCUCACCCGAAAAGGAGAAGGAAAACAGCCAUAGCCCCUCGGCUACGGUCAUGCCCAAGCCUAUCCUGAAGAACAAGAACGAUGAUCCCCACGUGCGAUUUGAUCCAGAGCCCAAGGUGUUGGAUAGUGCUUCACCUCGCUCUGUCCCUCGCCAUGCUGAGCGCUCAGAAAGAAGGCACCGUGCCGGCUCAGAUCGUGAUCGUCACGCUCCACGAAGCUACGAUGAUCGGAACGAUCGUUAUCGUGACAAGGAGCGGGACAAGCAACGCGAAAGGGAUCGCGAUGACGAUAGCAGAAGACACCACCGACACCACGAAGGCAGUCGCCGACGAGAUCGCGAUCAGGACGACUACUCAAGAAGGCAUCGAAGGGAUGAUCGUGAUCGAUACAGAGACGAAGGCGACCGAAGCGACGAUCGGUCCAUCAAGAAACGAGUGCGAAGCGAAACACUGCGCGCUGUCGGCAUUGGUGGUGCUGCAGCCAGUCUACUUGGUGUCUUGGCCGAGGCCGCCUCUGGAUUCUAA